UCUUACAAAUGCAAUUAUAAAAAUGAAAUCUGUAUUGAUUUUAAUUUUGAUCCUUCUAAUUUACGUUGGUGGUCAGCCAACUGAUAUCGAGAAUUUUCACAUGGAAGAAAGGACCAAUUCUAUGAAGUACCUUCAUAUUUUUAGUGUAAUACUUCUGGUAACAAUUGCGUACGAGAUACCCAUCCCCCACGGAGUCUUCGUCUUCUUCCUAGGUAUUUUCUGGGGUGUUGGAAUGAAGUUUUCGUUUUGGAUGUACAAUCUGGGAGUGGAAUUUUAUUUUGUCAUACCGCUUUUUAAGGAAGUUUACCUCCCGGUGUUACUUUUCAGCACAGCUUUCUGUCUGGACGUGCAUUCAUUUGUCAGGUCAUUGACCCAAGUGUUAAUCAUUUCGUUUCCAGUUUCUGUUCUCAGUACCCUUUUGUGCGGCUUGGUCGCACAGAUGGUCGUAGACCCUAAAAACUGGAAAGUCACCGAUGGAAUCUUCCUUGGAUUUGUGAACAGUGCGAUUUAUCCCGUGGAUGUGUUGCGCUAUCUCCAAGAAAACACUAUCCAGAACAAGUACGUUACGUCUUUGCUUCAAGGAGAGACGCUUUUCUCAACAAUUCUUCCAUGGUUUAUUUACCAGCUGACGUUAUUGCAUAUGUUUUCGUUAGUGGUAUACUGGUACCAGUUCGUCAUGGGGUUUGUGCGGUUGAUAAUCGGGGGUCUUUUCCUAGGUUAUGUCUUAGGCUUCUUCUGUGUUUUCUUGAUGAAAUUCUCCUACAACGACCCUUCGUAUCUGAUGGUCCUCACCGUUGCUGCUUGCUAUUCUAAUUAUUAUAUUGGAGAGUACAUCUUAUCUAACGCAGGGGCUCUCACCCUUAUAAUAUCGGCGGUAAUGAUGGCAUAUGAGCGUCAGUCUCUCUCAAAAGAAGUAGAGGAAUCAGUUGUGAACCUUUGGAAAAUGAUUUGUUACUUGAUGACGAGUGUGAUAAUUUUUCUCACGGGCAGCGCUCUCCCUGAAAUGAUUGGAACUACUUUUAAUUAUAAAGACUACAUAUUUGUUUUAGUCACUUAUUUGUUGUGGAACAUCACUCGCUUUAUUUCAUUCUUUCUGUUCUCGCCGAUUUUGAGUCGCAUCGGUUACGGAAUGACCUUUUCAAAUAUGAUUAUUUAUGUUUGGGCCGGUUUGAAAAACCCUGUUUGUAUUUCCUAUUCCGCUCUAGCAACCGAAAUGACACGAAACAAAGCAAUUUUUCUCCAUACUGUCGGCGUCUACUUCUUGAUGCUUUUGAUCAAUGGAAGUUUCACAAUGUGUGUGCUUCGUGUUUUAGGACUUGCGGAAAUUUCAACAUCUCGAAGAAUAAACAUGAACAAUUGCAUGAAAUAUCUGUAUGAAGCCAGAAGUCGUACUGUGGCAAUCUUGAAGAUGGACAGAUUCUUGUCUGACGCCAACUGGCCAUUGGUCAUGACCACAACAACGUUGAAACAUCCUUACAAGAAAUCCAAAACUGCAGAAAAUGAAGACGAAGAUGAAAACGAUGAAGGCUUUUCCCUCGGAUACAAAUACACUUUCUGUCCAGAUUGCGAAAAAGAUAUACCAAAUGAACCUACUUCCAAAGAAUUGAAAGAGAUGCUCAAAGAAGCGAAACUUCGAAUCCUCAAACUGAAGAAAACUAUUUAUGCCAGACAGUUUGAAAGUGGAAUGAUAUCUAAAGAAGGACUUAGAAUCUUACAACAAGCUGUCGAAAUUGCAAUGGACAGCGAUGAACUCGUCAUCGAACUCGAUGGUCUUUACAAACUUUUCACAAAAGAGAGAGCUUUCUAUAGGUUUCUGCGAAACCGUGUUCAGGCUGUCCUAAAAUCGAGAAGUGAAGACUACAAAGCACCACGAGUCAAGUGGAAAUUGUGGUGUUACCACUUUAUCGAAACGACAUUUUUCAAAACUUCGAUAUACAUUGUCAUAGUAAUCAACAUUAGUUUGCUCAUAACAAGUUUCGCAUUGAGGUCGAAAACAUUAAUUAUGGUGUACUACAUUAAAUUUGGCUUAGCUAUUUUAUUUUUUAUUAUCUACCUUGUCAUAUUUGGAAUAAAACUUUGUGCAUAUUCUUGGUCACAUAAGAUAACACAUACGUUAUCGACUUACUUCGGGUAUCAACACAAUUUGACUGAAUAUGUAAUCCUAUGCUUUACGUUCGCCACACUGUUAUGUUACUUUUUCAAACUUUUGUUUCAUUUCACUUCAGUUUGUAUCUAUUUGGAAAUACUUCUUGUGAUUUGUCUAAUUUUCCGUUUAUUGACAUUGUUGAAGUUUCUUCGAGUCAUUAAGUUCUUCAAAACCCUGCCUAAUACGAUGAUUAAGGUCUUAGAUAGUAAAGUUGAUUCUCACAGAGCAAUGGCUUUUGAAAUGGCCAAAAACUAUGUCGUUGCCGAAGAAGAGAUUUUGGAAAUUCUUCAUCAAAUAAUCGACAAUGAAAAAAUACGAUUAAUAAUAAAAGAAAAAAUGCAAGAAGACCGUCUUGCAAUUGUAAAAAGAAUAAGCAUGUUUGUAAAACAUGGAGGUUGGCUUGUUCCCACCGUCAAAACAAAAGCAGCUUUACGAGCUGUUAUAAACAGCAUGAUAGACGACUUACACGAAUUAAAAAUCUCAGGAUGGGUAGAUGAGGUCGAAUACAACAAACUCUUUAAAUCUUUGGGCGAACGAAGUAAAUACGUCAAUAGCAUAAAAAGCAUCGCACCAACGUUGCCCAGGAAGAUAUUUGAAGAAGUACCAUAUAUUGGUGACGACUGCGAGUUGAUUAAUUUCCUGUACAAUAACAUUGCUACUAAGAAAUUUGAUCCCGGAGAUGUUAUUGUCAGUGAAGAAGAUAUCACUGAAGGCAUCUACAUUGUCGUGACAGGAAUGUUCCUUGUAACGUACACGCCAAACGAAGAUGUAAUAGCUACCUUAAAGAUGACGGGUUUGUUGCCGGGAAUUGACGCUAUAUCGUCCCUUGAUUACGAGGAGGCCUUGUUUGAAUACAUAAUCCCAGGGAAUACUAUGGGUGAAUUAUCAACAAUUACGGAACGACCAUACAGUGGCGUUGUCACUGCUGAGACUCACAGUCAGGUCUAUGUCCUCAACCAAGAUGUUGUGAAAAAAGCCAUUGAAAUGGAUACGGAUCCGGUGACAGGUUUAGCUUGCCGAAUUUGGAAGUACAUUAGUUUUCGUAAAGCAAUUACGAUCAUGUUGAACGUCCCAUCGUACCGUUCUUACACUUUAGAAAAGAUUAAAUACAUUCUCGAGCGCUCAUUUGUUCCGGAUUUAUCGAACUAUAAAAUUUUUGUGGUAAAUGAAAUGAUGAGCGACAUUAUACUAAUCGAAGGUAGUGUUGUCGAUUUUAACACUCGGGAUUUGUACAUUGCACCUUGCUAUAUACCUAGGACGGUACAAAAAUUGGUAAUGCCCAAAAGCAGUCUAAUUAAUGUUGAAGUACGCAUUGAAACUAAAUUACUGGUUAUUCCAGCUAAGGACUAUGAUGGAUACGACAUAAUGCUUACAGAAGAGGAAACCUGUGAAUUGGUCAGUGAUAAUGCAAGUAAGUGUCUUCGCCAUUUCAUAAAACAAAAAGCUAAAAUCGGAGGAAAAGCUUCUAAAUAUCAUUCAUAUAUGGGUUCUAGUUCGAGGUCUCUUAAAAAAAGGUUACAGGCUGUUGCUUCCACAAAAAUUUCAUUUGCCAGCACACAGGAACACAGUAUUUCGUUUGGAUCGUCACAUGUCUAA